UCCAAUCUACAAAUUCUUCCUGUAUCAGAGCGGCAAGAUGGCAGCUGACACGCAGGUUUCUGACACACUCAAGAAAUUUGCUAUAAAAGUGACAACAGCCAGUGUGAAAGAGCGUAAACAGAUAAUGGGUGACCUGAAGCAGUGUGUAAGAGGCAAACAGUUACCAGAGCCCACCAUCAAAGGACUGUGUAAGCUCAUCUGUCUCACUCCACACAGAUAUCGAGAUGCCGCCUCGCGCAGGGAGCUGCUUUCGGUCAUCGCUGUUCUGGCUGAUAAUCAGCCUGACACUCUGGCGACUUGUCUCCUGCAGGGUCUAAUCAACAGUGGAAUCAUCUGCAAAAGUGGAGAACCCAGUAAGAGCUCAGCCUCUGCUGCCUUCACUGGUUUGUCUUGGACCUGCCUUUUGGUCCGUGUUGUGUUUUCUGCUCCUGAAAAAAGGGCUCGACCUCUCUGGAAGAAAUUGGUGGAGGUGCAGAGCCUUCUUGUGGUUGAGGUUGUGGGUGGAGCCAAAGCCACAGCUCAGACUUCCAGCCUCAAUAAUCUUAGUCGCCUCUGGAAGGAUAACCCCGGACUGGUUGAUGCGUACUUUAGUACUCUGUUAAGUUUGGAGCACAGUCCUACGACUGUGGCUAUGCUGGGGCUGUGUGUGGGAUUCUGCACAACUCAGAAGGACAUGGCUACAAUAGAAAAGCAUAAGGCUGCCAUGUUGGACUUAUAUAUCAAGUCUGUACUUAUGAGCAAGACAAAACCACAGCAGCACAUUUUGGACAAAGCUGGCUCCUUGUUGCGCCACGUUACCCACCCUGAAUUCAAGGAGCUGUUGCUGCCCACACUGCAGAAGACGAUGCUCCGUAGUCCGGAAAACGCUAUACAGACUGUCACCUGUCUGCUGGCUGCAGUGACUCUCGACCUCAGUCAGUAUGCCAUGGAUAUUGCAAAGGCAAUAGCAAAUAUGCUCUCUCCUUCUAGUCCUCGACUGAUGGGAAAACAAGUGCCCUCUUUAUUGAACCUGGCCAGACAGUGCAGUGAUCCCACCGCGGUGCAGGACAUUGUCACACACCUGUUCUAUUUGGUUCUAGGAUCUGAGGGAAAGCUCACUACUGUUGCCCAAAAGAUGAGUGUGUUGUCAGGGAUUGCUGCCUGCAGCCAUCACGUUGUGUCAGGAACAUCCAGCCAAACACUCAACUCGGCAGUCACUGUGAUGUUCAUCCCUUAUUUACAGCAGAAGGUUCACGAGGGAACCUUGGUGCAUGCAGUGUCCAUCCUAUCGCAAUGGACCAGUCGUCUCACCGCUGAAGUUCCUGCUGCCCUGCUGGACUGGUUGAAGAAAGCUUUCACCCUGAAGACCUCCACCUCUCUGGUUCGACACGCCUACCUUCAGGCCAUGCUGGGGGCAUUCAGAGGCGACACUUUGGCUCAAGCUUCAGAUUUCAUAGAUUUGCUUCUCCAGGUGGUGGAGAAGGCUGCCACACAAAACUCCCAGCAUGCUCUUCUUGCAGAAGGUGUGGCUGCUUCUGCUCUUUUGACUCAACUGUCCCUGCUGGACACACAGACGGAAACAAAGUUUGCUGGUUUUUGGAACCUGGUCUUGGAUGAGAAAAAGCCACUUUUCACGACAGAGAAGUUUCUCUUCCAGGCCAGUGAGGAAACUCUUUGCAUGGUGCUCCUGUUCUGUGAAAGGCUCUUCAUGGACCACGCCCACAGACUGACCACCAGCAAAUCACGAAUGUACCACCACUCCAUAGUCGCAGCUCUGUUGUCUCGGGUCUGGCAUGUGAGGAAACGGGCACAACAGACCAUCAGGAAGUUGUUGUCCUCCCUGGGUGGCUCCAGCCUUGCUCGAGGUCUUCUGGAAGAACUCCACGUGAUAAUCAACAAACACAAAGUUUUACCGCAGGAUGUGCUGGUGUCAGAGACAGGAGAGCUCACAGAGCUGGGCCGCACCUGCAUUCCCCCUCGUGUCCUGCACGAUGCACUUUGUGUGGUUUGCUCUACUGCCAGCCAGUGGGUUGACCCGACUGAAGCUGAAAACCUGGCCAUGGAGACCCUGAUAGUUGCUCAUCAUCCGUCCAUAGUCGAAGCUCGCCACGGUCUCUGGCCUCUUCUGCUCACCUCCAUGAACAUAACACCCGAGGAGUUUAUCGAAAAGAAUCUGGAUUCUAUUAUGUCACAUCUGCUGGAAGUCAACACUGACAAUCAGGCAAUAAAAAAUGCUGUUGGCGCCCUCUCCAGCCUCUCUCCCUCCAAACUGUUACCACGUGUAAUGGGUCACAUCACUGACAGGCUGUCCCAACCAGAUCUGCUUUUGGUCACUCAAGAGGAAUUCGGCAUUAUGCUGACACCUGAGGGAGAACUGUAUGACAAAAGCAUCAUCCAGAGUGCCCAGAAGGAAAACAUGAAGAAAGUCAACAUGAAGCGAGAAAACAAGGCCUACUCAUACAAAGAACAGAUUAUUGAGCUUGAGCUUCAGGAGGAGUUGAAGAAGAAAAAAGGCAUCAAAGAUGAAGUGCAGCUGACCAGCAAACAAAAGGAGAUGGUGCAACUUCAGCUCGAAAACGAGGCUUCUGUUCGCAAAAGGCUUCAAGAGCUGGAUGCGGAGUUGCAAGCUGUGGUGGGUCUGCUGGAGGCAAUUCUGAAAGCGAGACCACCUCAGAUCACCAUGGAGCUCCCUGCUGUCCUUCAGGUCCUAAUUCCUCUGCUGCAUUCUCCUUUGGCUGCUCCCCGGAUCCAGCAGAUGUUUUUGGACAUAGGGUUGUGCCUCAUGCCCAAACACCUACAUUAUCUCGCUGCGUUAGUGGGACAUGUGACUCUACGGUUACUGAAGCCACAGUGUGCUCUGGACAAGGCGUGGGAGCAAGAGGAUUUGUCCACUGCAGUCCAACGCACUGUGCUGCUGGUCCACAGCCACACUGUCCCACAGAGAGAGGACAAAGCUGCUGAUGUGGCUCCUCUGUCAGCUCCAGCUUUCUCUUUUUGCUUCCCGCUCCUUAACGCCAUGCUCAGGGAUUCUUCAGGGGGCACUGACGAGGCAGAGCUCAUCAUGACUCGAGCGCUGCAGAUCAUCAGUGAGCAUGCCCAGCUUCGUGCCAACACAGACGUCACAGACAUGAGUAUUGAUGAGAACGGUCCAGAGCUGCUGCCACGUGUCAGCAUGCUGCUGCUGCUGACCAGAGUGAUUUCUACGGCCACACCGAGGCUGCAGGUGUUGGCGUCUCGGUGCCUGACAGCUCUGUGUGUCAGCGCCGGAGGAGGCGACGGCUGCACUGUGGCCGAGCAGGCUGAGAUCGAUGUCCUGCUCAGCGCCCUCCUGUCGCCCUGCUUUUCUGUGCGAGAUUCUGCACUCAGGGGAUUGUUGGAGAUGGAGUUUGCACUGCCUACAGACAGCACUGAGCCCAGCGGGCUGACUUUGCUUCAGAGACUCUGGGUUGGCAGGUUUGAUGUUGAGGAGGAGGGCCAAGCAUUAGCACAAAAGCUGUGGGAAUCUCUGGGUCUGGAGUUGGUCCCUGAGCUAUGUUCACUGCUGAUCGAAGAUGUCACGCACCAUGAGGAGGUGGUGCGAUCUGCAGCAGCUGAAGCUUUGGCCAGUGCAGUGUCCCAGUACAGAGACCAAUCUGCUGCGGUGCUCAGUCAACUCACUGAGAUCUACCAGCACAAACUCUAUAGAUCGCCUCCUGUGCUUGAUGCCCUCGGCAGAGUUAUCUCUGAAGCGCCACCUGACCAAUGGGAGGCCAGAUGUGGUGUAGCUUUGGCUCUGAACAAGUUGGCGCAGUAUUUGGAUGAAUCUCAGGUUACACCUCUCUUCCUCUUCUUUGUUCCUGAUGCUUUGAACGAUCGUCACGCUGAGGUGCGGCGCUGCAUGUUAGAUGCUGCCCUUUCGACUCUCAAUGCACACGGAAAGGACAAUGUGAGUUCCCUGCUGCCAGUGUUUGAGGAGUUUCUGAAGAACGCCCCCCAGGAUGCCAGCUACGACUCUGUCCGUCAGAGUGUGGUUAUCCUCAUGGGCUCCUUGGCCAAACAUCUGGACAAAAGUGAUCCAAAAGUCAAACCUAUCGUGGCCAAGCUCAUCACUGCACUCUCUACACCUUCACAACAGGUUCAGGAGUCUGUUGCGAGCUGUUUACCGCCGCUGGUCCCUGCGAUCAAGGAGGAUGCUGCAGGAAUCGUCCGGAACCUCCUGCAGCUGCUGCUGGAGAGCGACAAGUAUGCUGAGAGAAAGGGAGCGGCGUACGGAUUGGCCGGUUUAGUUAAGGGCCUUGGAAUCUUGGCACUCAAACAGCAGGACAUCAUGGCCACGCUGACUGAUGCCAUUCAGGACAAGAAAAACUUCAGGAGGAGGGAAGGAGCGCUCUUUGCCUUUGAGAUGCUGUGUAACAUGCUGGGGAAACUGUUCGAGCCCUAUGUUGUGCACGUGCUGCCUCAUCUCCUGCUCUGCUUUGGGGAUGGCAACCAGUACGUCAGAGAGGCUGCAGAUGACUGUGCCAAGGCUGUGAUGAGGAACCUGAGUGCCCACGGAGUGAAGCUGGUCCUUCCCUCCCUGCUGGUUGCCUUGGAGGAAGAGUCCUGGAGGACAAAAGCAGGCUCGGUGGAGUUACUGGGUGCCAUGGCUUACUGUGCGCCCAAACAGCUGUCCUCCUGCCUGCCCAGCAUCGUGCCAAAACUGACAGAGGUGCUGACAGACUCCCAUGUGAAGGUGCAAAAAGCCGGUCAGCAGGCUCUGCGACAGAUCGGCUCCGUUAUCCGCAACCCUGAAAUCCUGGCCAUUACACCAAUCCUGCUCGACGCUCUUACUGAUCCAUCCAGAAAAACUCAGAUGUGCCUCCAGACCCUGCUGGACACGAAGUUUGUCCACUUUAUUGAUGCUCCUUCGCUGGCUCUCAUCAUGCCCAUUGUUCAGAGAGCCUUCCAGGAUCGCUCCACUGACACUCGCAAGAUGGCUGCCCAGAUCAUUGGCAACAUGUACUCACUCACCGAUCAGAAGGACCUUUCUCCAUAUCUGCCCAGUGAUCCUGGAUUGAAGGCCUCACUGUUGGAUCCGGUGCCUGAGGUCAGAACAGUAUCAGCCAAAGCCUUGGGAGCCAUGGUAAAGGGAAUGGGUGAAUCCUGCUUUGACGACCUGCUGCCAUGGCUCAUGGAGACGUUGGCCUCUGAACAGAGCUCUGUCGAUCGAUCUGGAGCUGCCCAAGGUCUGGCUGAGGUGAUGGCUGGACUGGGAGUGGAGAAAUUGGACAAAUUGAUGCCAGAUGUGGUGCAGACAGCCAGUAAAAUAGACAUUGCUUCCCAUGUCAGAGAUGGAUACAUCAUGAUGUUCAUCUACCUUCCUCUCACUUUUGGAGACAAGUUUACACCCUAUGUGGGACCGAUCAUCCCCUGUAUCCUAAAGGCUCUGGCUGACGAGAAUGAGUACGUGCGAGACACUGCGCUACGAGCCGGCCAGCGAAUCAUCAGCAUGUAUGCUGAGACUGCCAUCGCACUGCUGCUUCCAGAACUGGAACAAGGCCUGUUUGAUGAUCUGUGGCGGAUCAGAUUCAGCUCUGUGCAGCUGCUUGGAGAUCUCCUCUUCCAUAUCUCUGGUGUGACAGGAAAGAUGACCACAGAGACAGCCUCGGAGGAUGACAACUUUGGAACAGCUGCAUCUAAUAAAGCCAUUAUUGCAGCUCUUGGCGCUGAACGGCGUAAUCGUGUGCUCUCGGGCCUCUACAUGGGUCGUUCUGACACCCAGCUGGUGGUCCGGCAGGCUUCCCUACACGUCUGGAAAAUUGUUGUGUCAAACACCCCCCGAACUCUACGAGAAAUCCUCCCAACCCUGUUUACCCUGCUGCUCGGCUUCUUGGCCUCCACAUGCCCUGACAAAAGAACGAUUGCUGCCAGGACGUUGGGUGAUCUGGUUAGGAAGCUGGGAGAGAAGAUUCUGCCAGAGAUCAUUCCCAUCUUGGAGGAGGGGCUGCGCUCUGACAAAAGUGAUGAGCGACAAGGCGUCUGCAUCGGUCUCAGCGAGAUCAUGAAGUCCACUAGUAAAGAUGCGGUGCUCGUCUUCUCCGAGUCACUGGUCCCCACUGUGAGGAAAGCUCUCUGUGACCCCCUGGAGGAGGUACGAGAGGCUGCAGCGAAAACCUUCGAGCAGCUUCACGCCACCAUCGGUCACCAGGCCCUGGAUGACAUCCUGCCUAUGCUGCUCAAACAGCUGGAUGAUGAUGAGACAGCAGAGUUUGCGUUGGAUGGCCUGAAGCAGGUCAUGGCCGUGAAGAGUCGCUCGGUGUUGCCUUACUUGGUUCCAAAGCUUACUGCUCCUCCAGCGAACACCCGUGUGCUGGCCUUCCUGUCCGCUGUGGCCGGAGAUGCUCUGACUCGCCACCUAGGGGUCAUCCUGCCGGCCCUGCUCUCCUCACUUAAAGCAAAACUGGGCUCAGAGGAGGAGGCACAGGAGUUGUACAGCUGUCAAACUGUGAUCCUUUCUGUGGAGGACGAAGUGGGUCAGCGCAUCAUCGUGGAGGACCUCCUGGAGGCCACACGAGGUCCUGACCCCGGCCUCCGACAAGCUGCAGUAACCCUCCUCAAUGCGUACUUCGCUCGCACCCGCCUGGACUACAGCGUUCACACACGCACCCUGCUGUCAGGCCUCAUCCAGCUCCUCAACGACCCCAGUCCAGAGGUGCUGUCUCAGAGCUGGGACACCAUCAACUCCAUCACCAAGAAACUGGAUGCUAAUAGCCAGGUGUCGCUCAUUGAUGAUCUCCAUCGAGACAUCAGGUCAGCAGCUGCAGAUGUGAAAGGACAGCACCUGCCCGGUUUCUGUCUUCCCAAGAAGGGUGUGACGUGUAUUCUGCCCGUUCUCAGAGAAGGUAUCCUGGCUGGUACUCCGGAGCAGAAGGAAGAGGCAGCCAAGGCGCUCGGCGGGGUCAUCAAACUGACCUCGCCCGAGGCGCUCCGACCUUCUGUGGUGAACAUCACCGGGCCUCUCAUUCGUAUCCUGGGAGACCGGUUCUCGUGGACAGUGAAAACGGCUCUGCUUGAGACGCUCACCCUGCUGCUGGAGAAGGUCGGCAUUGCCCUGAAGCCCUUCCUGCCGCAGCUUCAGACCACAUUCCUGAAGGCCCUGCAGGACUCGAGCCGUGCGGUCAGGCUGAGGGCCGCUGAGGCGCUGGGACAGCUGGUCUCCAUCCACACCAAGGUUGACCCGCUCUUCACCGAGCAGCUCUCUGCUAUCCGCAACGCAGAGGACUCAGGAAUCCGGGAGACCAUGCUCCAAGCACUAAGGUUUGUCAUUCAGGGGGCCGGGGCUAAGGUGGAUCCAGGCAUUCGCAAGAACAUCAUCACCACAUUACUCGGCAUGCUGGGUCAUGAUGAGGAUGCAACUCGUAUGGCUUCAGCUGGCUGUGUUGGUGAGCUGUGUGCCUUCCUGUCAGACGAGGAGCUGAAGAGUGUCUUACUUCAGCACAUCUUAGCGGACAUGUCUGGCGUGGAUUGGAUGGUGCGUCAUGGUCGUAGUUUGGCCCUCACCAUCGCAGUCAAGUCUGCUCCUGCCAGACUGUGUGAGAAGGAGUACAACAGUACUGUAACAGAAACCAUCCUGGCCAACGCCGCUGCUGAUAGGAUACCCAUAGCAACCAGUGGGAUCAGGGCAAUGGGAUACCUGAUGAGACACGAGCUCCGAUCUGAGAAGGACAGCACCGUUCCGCAGCGCUUUAUCACACAUUUUGUCAAGUGUCUUCAGAAUCAGUCCAGUGACAUCAGACUGGUGUCGGAGCGCGUCCUGUGGUGGGUCUUCAAAGACCUGAGUACCCCCCUGAUGGAGCUCACACUCAUCAAGCCACUGCUUAAGAGUCUGCUCGACAAUACCAAAGACAAGAACACCAGCGUCAGAGCCCAGAGCGAGCACACCAUCGUCAACCUGCUCCGACUUCGCCAGGGAGAGGAAACUAUGCAGAGCAUUGCCACCAUUCUGGACUCAGCAAGUAACGACCUGCUGUCAGAGUGCCACCGCCGAUCCUUAAAGAAAAUUGCCAGCCUUCCAGACUCCAAUGAAGAGAUAGACGACACCAUCCUGACAUGAUGGUGCAGGACUGACACCACAAACACAGACCCGUGCUGCCAACACAUCCAGACCAAACACCAUGACUGGAGUCCCAGCGUUGAUGAGCUUUUGUUCCUUUAAAGUUUUUUGUUUUUGCCACCUAUGCACACAAUGUCCAAAUCUUAUCUUUUGUCCCACAUUGUAGAAGAAGGUGUCCUGCUAGUUGUUCUGUACACAGCUAGAUUUUUCAAAAAGAUCUGAGACCAGUCAUCUUUUCAAAAUUAAAUAUUUGCUGAAUUAUUUUUCCAUGAUUAUUUGCAGCAUGAUUACACACUGAAACAGCAGCGGUAUCAUGUUUGAGUUUGUGUGCGGGUUUUGUCUGCGUUACAUAUGAUUCAGUCAUACGGUUGUAAAAAGGCAAUACAAAAUAAAGACCUUUAUUUCAGAG